AUGGGCGGCUUCAGCGAGUAUCGGAGGAAAAAGGCCACGAUGCUGUCCGCGGCGAAGCGCCUGCGGGUCGAGGACCGCGGCGGCCAGGAGCGUAGGUCAGCGCGCGUCGGCCGGGGCGCCGAAGAUGGAACCGUCGCUUCAGACCGCGGACUGCCCACGAGGGGGUGGCAGGUCUCCGUCACCGAGCCCGUGGCGGGCUCGAGGAGGGGCCUGAGCAGGCCGCUCGUGGCCGGUGAGCCCAUCAUGAAGAAAUCGGAUCGGCGCGAGGCGACGUCGGACCGACGGCGCGCGGGCGGGUACGGCGCCGCCGACGGCGCGCCCAUCGCGUGGGACGCCGCGGACGAUCUGCCGAUGCAUCCGAGGACCCGCGGCAGGUCGUCCGCGGCCGCGUCUUCCUCCUCCGCGUUUCCCUCGUGCGCCGCUCUCGUGACCGGCGUCGCGCUGAUGAUGAUGGUCGCGGUGUGCGCGCUCGCCGUCGUCCACCCGGAGCUCGCGCGCGCGGGCGCCACUCACGCGGCAGCCGCCUGGACCGGGCGCGUCUCAUCUUUUGUCUCCUCCUUCCGACGCGAAACCGUCGACACGCAGUCCGCCAGGCUAGCCUUCCUGGCCCCCCACGGCCACGACGGAAGGCAUCGACACGCGCAAAAGACGGCCGCGAAGAUGGGACCCGGGUGCGAGCUGUUAAGCGUCGAGGAGGCUGCCGCGUCCGUCGCCGCCGCGUUUGCGAAAGGGGAGUCGUCAAUCGGCGCCGCGUGCGAGGCGGCCAAACAAUUCCGAUGGGACGACGUGGAUCCGUACGUCGACGCCGCCGCGAAGGAUCGCGUGGGCGGUAACGAAGACGAAGGGAAGGUGGUGGUGUUCCACGCCGGGUCGCGGUUCGACCCCGACGCGGUGACGCGCGCCGCCGAGAUGAUGGCUCGGGACGACGAGGUCGAUCCGAAGGUUUCGCCGGGCGAGGGUAGCGCGGGCGCGGAGAAGAGGAAGGAGAAGAGCGGCGCCGCGCACGUAGGGAAGAAGGAGAAGAGCGGCGCCGCGCACGAGGGGAAGAAGGAGAACGCGCUGCCCCUGCCCGGCGGUGGGGACGAGCCGCCGCCGAGGCCGACGGGGAACCUGACGGCGCCCCCGGCUCCACCCGCUCCACCGCGACCCGUUCCGGCGCUGCGGGAUUCGUCAACCGCCAAGUCCAAGAAGGGCGCGGGUCUGGGUGAGGAGCGUCUUCCGGGUUCAAACGGCGGGGUGUUUGGGGUGCUCAGGGGGUUGAUGAGGAGGCGCGAGACGUCGGAGGAGCGCGCGUUCAGGGCUUGGCAGAAGAAGCACGAUACCGGCGAGGUUGGGGCUGCGACGGCGGCUCGAAGAUUGCUCGCCGUCCCCGGGCGGGACGGGCGUUCGAAGACGACAAAGUCGCGUUCGAAGGAUCGCGGUGAAGGAUCUAAAGUCCCCGGUUGGACGUGCGUCAUCGUGGGCGAGAACGCGAGGGUCGCGCAGAAGAUUUCCCGCGCCGUCGCGGACGUGGGUUUGCCGUGCGCGAGCGUCGUGAACCGCGCAAACAAAACGAGGGACGGCGCAAACGUGCGAGGUGAAGAGUGCGAGGUGAAGAGGGCCCGCGCGGCGGACGUCAAGUUGAUGAGCCGCGCGAGGCACGUCGUGGCGACGGAACACAACGACGGUGCGCACGUCGCCGCGCUGCUUCGGCGGUGCGCGAGGGACGCCGCGUGA